AUGGACAGGGCCGUCAGAUCGUGCAAGUUCCGCGAGUCGGAAUGCGCCUACAGGACGGGACUCAGACCUGCAGAGGCAGCAGGCAAAUGUUUCCCGUUGUCGAAGGUCGUGACGUGGCCGUCGCCGCUCGAGCAAGAGGAAGAAGAAAAUGAAGACGAGGACAAAGAAAAGGACCAAUCAAACGAGAAAGAAGCAGACGAAGGGGAUAGCCAAUCCGUCCUGUCUCCAGAGGACUUCGCCAACCAGCAACAAUGUCCGCUGGGUUGUGGCUACACGUUCCACUUUUCAUCCUAUGGGAGACUGCUAGAAACAGAGGCGAUAUAUAGCAUAGCUGUCGAGCGACUCACUGGCUGCGGGCCUACAAUAUGCCUCGAGUCAGACCCGACCAAAGACGAAACCGUCGGGCUCGCCCCUUCCGCCAAGCGUCGAAGGACAGGUGCAAUACCAUUUGCAAGAAACGCGAACAACAUUCACACACGACCUCCGACGGCGGAGGGCAAAUCCAAGGAAGUGAGGAAAAGAAUCUGGAUGGCCGACCCGGAUGCCACAGACAUCAAGCCGAAGUCUGUGACUUCAGACAUGCCGCAAAUGCAGAGCAAAGAUAACGCUGGAUAA